AUGACGGCUCUACGACCCUCCUGCCGCGAAGACUUUGAGAUCGCGAUUAUUUGCGCUUUACCACUCGAGUAUAAUGCGGUAGCCCUCCUCUUUGACGAGUUCUGGGACGGAGAUGGAGACCAAUUCGGGAGAGCAGCCAGUGACGAUAAUGCCUACAAGACUGGUCGCAUUGGCAAGCAUAGCGUUGUACUGGCGCUGUUGCCUGGCAUGGGCAAAGUCAGCGCUGCUGCCGCAGCCGCCAGCAUGCGAUCGAGCUACGUCGCUCUACGACUAGUGCUCCUGGCGGGCAUCUGUGGCGGCGCGCCUUAUUAUAACCGAGAUGAGAUCUUGCUGGGAGACGUCAUUAUUAGCAAGACUGUUAUUCAAUACGACUUUGGAAGGAAAUAUCCAGAUGGGUUCGCGCGCAAGGACAAGACCGAAGGCAAUCUAAGCAAACACAACAAAAAUAUCCGUACCUUGUUAGCAACAUUCGAGACGGACUUGGGCGGAGACGGACUUCAAAAAAAGACUUCUCAUUUUCUCAGACAGCUCCAGGCAAAGGCUGGGGACCAUCGGACUAGAUAUAAAUAUCCCGGCACGGCCGAGGAUAAACUGUUCGAGUCAGGCUAUCGCCAUAAACACCGCAUCUCGCCGGCGUGCAUCUGCAGCAAUUGUCAUGGAAGGACAGACCCAGUCUGUGCUGGGGCUCUUGCCUCGGCCUGCAACGAUUUGGGGUGCGAUGAGAGAUACCUAGUAAAGAGGAAUCGACUAAAGGCGAGACGGAAGUUGGAGCAAGGUGGUAACAACGAGGCGCAAGACCCUGCCAUCUAUACUGGGACUGUUGCCUCCGGCGAUACGGUGAUGAAGUCAGGAGAGGACCGGGAUAGCAUCUUCCAGAAAGAAGGCGUUAUUGCGUUUGAGAUGGAGGGAGCUGGAGCAUGGGAAGAAGUGCCAUGUAUCGUGGUCAAGGGCGUGUGCGAUUAUGCCGACUGCCACAAGAACAAGAAGUGGCAGGAUUUUGCAGCGGCAGCAUCCGCAUCGGCAGCGAAGGCGAUUCUAGAACGAUACAUCCAAACAGACAAACGUCGGGGCGUGGUUGUGGAGGAACCGCCGUGCCAUUUUCUCGUCCCGUUUGGAAGGAAUCAGAGCUUCGUUGGCAGGGAAACGAUUUUAUCAAAGCUUCUGGGGAGAAUCUGGCCUGGCACGAAUAAGGACGAUUGUCAGAGAACCGCCGUCGAAGGCCUCGGGGGGAUCGGCAAGACGCAAAUCGCACUAGAGGCCGUCUACCGUGUUCAUGAAGAGCACCCGGACUGCUCCAUUUUCUGGGUUCCGGCCGUGGACGUAAACACCUUUGAAAACGCUUACCAUGAUAUCGGCAAACAUAUGAAGAUUAAGGGCAUUAACGAAGAAAAUGCUGACAUUAAACGGCUUGUUAAAACUGCGCUAAGUGACGACAGCAUUGGCAGCUGGCUCCUGGUUGUUGAUAAUGCCGAUGAUAUUACGUUGCUCUUUGGCGUCACUAGACUGUCAGACUAUCUCCCAUUUAGUCGAAAGGGCUCCAUCCUGUUUACAACGCGGAAUCACGAGGCCGCCGUGAAGCUCGUUGUCCAUAAGAGCGGCAUUGUCCCCGUACCAGAAAUGGACAGGAGCGAAGCCUUUGAUCUGCUACGGAAAGGGUUGAACGAAAGCCAGAGGAGCGACACGAAAAGCACCGAGAGGCUACUUGAUUUUCUAGCAUACCUGCCGCUGGCAAUCAGGCAGGCAUCCGCAUACAUGGACAAGAACCAGAUAUUAACUUCAGAGUACCUCGAGCUUUGUGAGUCUGAGCGCGAGGACAUGAUCGAUCUUCUAGGUAGAGACUUUGAUGACCCACAUCGAUACAAGGAGAUUCCAAAUCCAGUGGCCACAACAUGGCUUAUUUCAUUUCACCACAUCUCAAGGCAUAAUCCACUAGCGGCGGAGUACCUGAAGUUCAUAAGUCUUCUAGCGGAGAAAGACAUCCCGAAGUCUCUUUUACCAACGGCUAGGAAAAUAAAAGCCUUGGAGGCAAUCGGCACGCUAAAGGCAUAUGCAUUUAUUACGCAACGUGAAGGACGAGAUUCAUUUGACAUGCACCGGCUUGUGCGUCUGGCGAUGCAAAACUGGCUAGAGAACAAGGGACUGGAGAGCUAUGUAUCGUCUGCGAUACAGCGGCUUGAUCAAGCGUUUCCGUUUCCGAAGCAUAAGAACAGGGACAUGUGGAUGAAAUAUCUACCCCACGCACAAGCCGCGCUGGAGUUUCGGGAGCACCUUGAAGGUGGAAAGGUGGAUGCUAGCCUUUUAUUUAAUGUGGCCGAAAGUUAUUACUUACUAGGACAAUAUCAGAAGGCCAAGCAACUGCACCAGCAGAGCCUCCAGCUUCGUGAGAAGGUGCUAGGCAAAGAGCAUCCGUCCACACUUUCCAGCAUGAAUAACCUCGCAAAUAUGCUCUCAAUUCUAGAGAAGGAUAAGGAGGCCGAGCAGAUGUAUUAUCAGACACUUCAGCUGAGGGAGAAGGUACUAGGCAAAGAGCAUCCGUCUACACUUGACAGCAUGAAUAACCUUGCAGGUGUGCUCUUGGAUCUAGGGAAGUAUAAGGAGGCCGAGAAAAUGUAUUGUCAGACACUCCGGCUAUACGAGAAGGUGCUAGGCAAAGAGCAUCCGUCCACACUUUCCAGCAUGAAUAACCUCGCACUUAUGUUUAGGAAUAUAGGGAAGUAUGAGGAGGCCGAGCAAAUGCAUUGGCAGACACUCCGGCUAUACGAGAAGGUGCUAGGCAAGGACCAUCCAAACACACUAACAAGUAUGAUGAACGUCGCGAUUGUGCUUUCAAAAACCGGGAAGUAUGAGGAGGCCGAGCAGAUUCAUUGGCAGACACUCCAGCUGAGGGAGAAGGUGCUAGGUAAGGACCAUCCGGAUACACUAUUUAGUAUGAAGAACGUUGCAAAUACGCUCUUAAAUCUAGAGAAGUAUGAGGCGGCCGAGCAGAUAUAUCGGCAAAUACUCCAGCUAAAGGAGAAGGUGCUAGGCAAAGACCAUCCGUCUACGCGAAGAAGUCAGAGGGAUCUCGAUGACUGCUUAAGAGUGAAGAAAUAG